AGAAAUGGACUUUAAUCUAAGAAUUAAAUUAGAAAUUUACAAAAUGUGUGAUACUAACUUGAAAUUUUCUUCUUUAACGAUUCAUCCAAUCGAAAUAUUAAAUUAAUGUCACCCUCUUAUUUAUAAUUUGCAUCUAUUAAAAAAAAUAGGCAGCAUAAUAAUAUUAUAGGUUAGGUAUUCGAUUUCUGGUAAACGAAUCUUACGGAUGAAACUAGGCCUUUUUGACGCAACUUUCAGUUAUUUACCCGCAUUUACAGGUACUUCUGAAAGCACCUGUCAGUCCGAAAGCAUCAGUUGUUUUAAAAAUAAAGUGUUUUUGCUACGUGUCAAUAAGGUAAGCAGUGAACAUUCUGCUACACAAAAAAUCGAUUAGAUUGUUUUGACACUUUUUAAGGAAGGUAUCCCUAAAAAUAGAAAGCAAUGCGGCAGCUAAAGGGCAAAACAAAAGAGACGAGCAAACAGAAAAAGGAACGUAAAAAGGAAUUCGUGGAAAACAAACAGCGAGUAUUUUCUGUCGUUUUGCCGACACUGGCAGCAAUUGCUGCUUUGAUAGCUGCCUAUGUCUACAUUAAGACCCCCAAAGGAACCAAGUACGUAACAUGUGGUUCAGUUUUAAAGUUAUUAAAUACUGAUUAUAAAGUGAGGUUGCACUCUCAUGAUAUAAAAUAUGGAACUGGAAGUGGACAACAGUCAGUAACAGGAACGGAGGCCAAAGAAGAUGGAAAUUCGCAUUGGUUAAUUAAAGCUGAAACUGGAAAAGAGUGUGGACGAGGAAAGCCAAUAAAAUGUGGAGAUGUCAUUCGAUUGGAACACGUCGCAACUAGAAAAAAUCUUCAUUCGCACCACGUUAGUUCUCCACUAAGCAGUAAACAAGAAGUUUCUGCUUAUGGCGAUAGUAGAGGAGAAGGAGAUUCCGGAGAUCACUGGGUUGUAGUUUGUGAUUCAGAUUUUUGGGAAAGAGACGAUUCAGUCAUGUUCCAACACGUCGAUACUGACACAUAUUUAUCAGUAACGGGAAGACAAUAUGGUUCUCCAAUCGUCGGACAGAUCGAAGUGGCCGGAGAAUAUUCACCGUACAAUGCGCAGUGGAAGGCAAUGGAAGGUUUCUUCAUCCACCCGAGUGAUUUCAAAUCUCAGCAUUAUGAACACACAGAACUGUAAUCCCCUGAUAAAUAAGACUUGAGUCUAUUGUUUGUGAUGCCAAAAUAUGAUAAUUCUACAUUUUGCAUAAUUUAUUGAAAAAAAGGAAA